AUGGAUGUGGGCAGAGGCAACCCGCCUCGGUCGAAUAUUCCCGGGCUGCAAACCGGCAUCGAAUCGCGGUAUGAACUGCCUCUCCGAAACACGGGGCCCAGUGCGCAAUACGCAGAGACUGUGAUCCAGUCCGAGACUACAAUUGGAAACUCGUUCUCAACGCCUACAGAGGCUUCCACUUCGACUCGCCCUCCGCAGACCCACAGCAUAGCCAGCGAUCUGUCUGGUAUACAUGGAGUUGCAGGAACAAACGCAGGACCACACUCAGACAGGAUGGUUCAGCUUAUAAUCCCGGAGGAAGAUCAUUCUGAAGUACAGUCUGAGGGAAGACAAACACCAAUAUAUCCAUGGAAGUUUGAAUUCACCUGGAAUUCCGAUCAUCUUUUAUUUGCCAACGAGCCUCUGGAUGUCAAAGAAGAUCUCGCAUCUGAGCUUGCUGAUAUCAUAUCCAGCGUCACCGUUAAUGCGGGCGAUUCCAGAAGAACCGCUCAUGAUACGGCUCCAUUUGAAGAUGUCAACGAUGCGAAACAAAUGACUCACGAUGCAGACUUUCGUUUUCCGCCUGGUUUUGAAUCAGUGGAGGACGAUCCUCUGCGCGACGCUCUGCGCAACGAUCUCAUUGCCGAUUUCCUACAUAAUAUCGACCAACAGAUCAUGGAUAUUCUCGACGACCAUUAUUGGCGAACGCAUACUCCGCAGAGAGUGAGCGGCCAGGGCAGAGUAGAUCGGCAGAAUGGUCAGCAUAGCCAUCGGUCCGCCAAUCCCUACAGUACAGCUCCUACAAGAUCCCGCGCACUAGGCUCAUCACGUCGUCAGCAAACAAGUGGCUCUGAGGACGGCGAUGAUGGUGACCAUGAGCAACUUGAUUCACAGCCAUCUGCGUCAAGGUCUAGGAGAGAGUUUCAUGUCGACUGCCCGUUUCGUAAACGGUACCCUCGUGUGUUCGCACUUAUUUGCCCACCAGCCGGCUUCGGAAGCAUCUCCUAUCUAACAAAGCAUCUGAGGAAGGCGCACACGACAAUUUACUGCACCAAGUGUCUACUGCCACUCAUCUCCAGCUAUGCUUUGUUUCAUGACUGUACUCCAUAUUUUUUAGGAGAUGAUAAGCCACGAACGGAGUUCCUAACCCCAAAACAUCUGGCUAGGCUCGAUGAGUUUUCUAAUCGAACCCAUUCUCGCGACCACAAGUGGCGGCAAAUUUACGAGAUAAUAUUUCCAGAUCAAGAUUCCGGACUGGUCAGCCCGUACGUAAGUGACUUUGCUAGGGACAUGGAGCGUGCCACGGCGCGUCCCCUGGAGCUAUGGCUGCAGAAGAGCCGAGCUGCCUUAGUGCAAGAUUUGUGCCAGAAUUUGGCGGUUGAAGGGUUGAUUCCCCCGCCUCUCAUCGUGAAGAGAUUCGAUCACACAGUCGAAAAGUGGAUCAUCAAAACUAUUAAUGGGCACCUGGAAAUGAAGCAAAACAGUCAAAGCAGCCAGAAUCACAGCAACCUGAAUUCCAACAGUCAAAGUAGUUACUCCAAUGUAACGGAGUUGGCGAGCAGUCAAGUUGUACCUCAAGGAGAACUAGACCACAACACACCGUUUACGCCGUCAUCUUUGGCGUCAUUUGAGCCCAGCAUAAGUUUCUGUCAGAUUCCAGGCUUCAGCGAAGACACAUCGGUGUUUACCACACUUCAGUCUACCUCAGCUGAGACCUGGGGCUUCCAGCAAGACCUCGGCGACGACAUGUCGCAAAUCCACCCUGACAUGCUUGGGAUAGACGAGUUCUCAACUAGUCAGGCCAUGAAUGAUGUGGACUUCACCCCGGCAGUGGGUCUCGAGGACCACAUCCUGUCGCAGCAGAAAUGCCCUUGUGCUGACUUGGGCCAACUUUGUGCUCCUUGUGACCUUGUGGCGGGCCCUAACGCAGAGCAGCACGCCCCCAUCUUCGUACCAGGGUACGGAUUCCAGCGUGGCCUGUCCAACAUAGAUUUUUCUGGAAAUUAUAUGAGCGGUGGGCCAGAUCUUGGCCCAUACUCUGACGCAGGCGAUACUGACAGGAUGUAUGCUCAGCCAGAUUUGACCGACUUUGCGCAGCAUGAUUUAUUUGAGAAUUACAGUAUGGGAUCUUUGUAA